GCACCAUCCUGCAGCGAGAUUAACGAUUGCGACGUGGGCGUCAGUUGGGGUUUUUUUGUUUGUUUGUUUUUUUUGGCCACACCACACGCACUGGCUGAAGCUGUGCAAAAUGUUCGACGGAGUUACCGUCGUACUGCAUGUGCACUUUCUGCUGCUCCAGGAUUGAGGAUUGAGGACUCUCAAGGUAGGAUGAAGAAGAAGCUGAUCAUUGACGCGGACACAGGGGUGGAUGAUGCUCAGGCCAUCAUGGUGGCCCUCGCAGCCCCCGAUGUGGAGAUUUUGGGGAUCACCUGCUGCCAUGGCAACACACCCCUGGAGAACGUCCUCAAGAACACGCUGCGGGUCCUGAAAGUCUGCAACAGGCUGGAUAUCCCAGUGUAUCGUGGCUGCUCGAAGCCGCUGCUGGCCCGUAAACAACACGCUGGGGAUUACCACGGGAAGGACGGGCUGGGUGACGUCCCAGACCCGGAUGCUCCAGGCCUGGAGCUGCUGCAGAAGAAAAAAGCUGCGCAAGCCAUGAUCAAGAUUGUGAAACAGAACCCUGGAGAGGUGACUCUCGUGGCCAUGGCCCCUCUCACUAACCUGGCUGUCGCAGUGCAACUGGACCCUUCCUUCCCCGAGAAACUGAAGGCGCUCUACAUCAUGGGAGGAAACACUGACUCCAGGGGGAACACCACGAUGUGUGGAGAGUUUAACUUCGUGGCCGACCCUGAGGCUGCCUUCGUGGUUUUGGACCGCUACACCUGCCCCACCCACAUCGCCACCUGGGAGUUCAGCUGCAGGAACAGCCUGCCGUGGUGUUUCUGUGACCAGUGGCUGGGCGAAAAAACGGAGAAGGCCGCCUUCAUGAAAAAGAUUUCGCGCCUUUCAAUGACGAAAGCUCAGUCAGCAGACUAUAAAAAGGAAAUCACAGAAGGAGGAGGGUUCAAUUCCUGUGACACCUACGCCAUGGUGGCGGCCAUCGCGGACAAGUUUAUUACAGAGGACGAAGAGGUCGCAGUGACAGUGGAGUUGGAGGGGGCCUACACCCGGGGCAUGAUGGUGCUGGACUACAUGCAGCAGCUGGACAAGAAACACAAGGCCAGCAUCAUGAAGAAAGUCGAUAUGGAGAAGUUCAAGCAAAUGCUCGUGAAUUCACUGAAGUAGAAAGAAACUAACAAGCUGAGGGCAUGAAUUUGGUUCAUCUAAAAUAAAUAAAAAUGGCUCUUCUGAUGAAAAAUAUCA